ACUUUAAAAACGUCUCAACAGAGCUGUCAUCAAUUUAACCAUGACAGUUGAGAAUUUAAUUACAUUUGACUUUUGAGAAAUAUGUUAUUCUAGACUCGGAAAGACUAGGAAAUGUAAACAGAAUCAGAAAGAGAUGUCCUGCACCACUUUUUCUAAACACAAAUUUUCGUUUUUACUGUUUUUCAGUGUAAUUUUUGAACUUAUAUAUUCUCUUCAUAGGAAAUUGCAGAUACUUUGUUUAUGCUUCAAGGAUCCAGGAUCAAAGUCCCCAACAGCCACAUCCUGUAAUUGUCUUUGCACCAUGGGUGGACAGAGGGGAAUAGUCGUGUCUGCCGUGGAGCAGAGGGCACAAGGCGUCUGGACGUCAAAUCAUCGCCCGUGAGUGAAGCCGACACAGCAGAUAAUGUGUGCUGCGUUUCUGGAGGAGUACUGCGGGUCAGUCUUUUGGAAUGGGUCUUAUUUGGACAGAGAGGACCCUGACCUCCCAGUAUGUCUGGAACAGACAGUUCUGGUCUGGAUCCCUCUGGGCUUCCUCUGGCUAAGCGCUCCAUGGAACCUCAUGUCUUUAUGUAAAAGAUCACAAGUAAAUACAAAAGGUCGGACUAAGCUCUACCUCUGCAAACAGCUUGUUGUGUUUCUGUUGUUUCUGACGGCCAUCGGAGGCCUGAUUGUCACAUUGGUAGAAGAUUUUGGUCCAAACAGCUCAGCAGAGAAAAAUUCUGCUGUAUACUACACAAACCCAGUCCUCUUCGCUGUCACAUGGAUUCUCCUGCUGUUGUGUCAAGAAGGAGUGAGACGAAAAGAAAAGGCAGUAGACUCUGCUUCUCUUUUUCUUUUCUGGCUUCUCCUUGUCCUCUGUGAUUUCCCUUUCCAGACCCGCCUACGGGAAGCUCUCAGGCUGGGAGAGGUCAGAGAUGUCCCUCGUUUCUCUCUUUUCUAUGUUUGCUUUGGUCUGGAGGUGAUAGCACUCAUCCUCUCCGCUUUGGCUGACAUCUCUCCAGAGUCAAAGGAGCUUGUGAAAAAGAAUCCAGAGGCUGGUGCAACAUUUUUGAGCAGAAUCACUUUUAACUGGUUCAAUGGCAUGGUGGUGAAAGGCUACAAAAACCCUCUGGUUCAGGAGGACAUGUGGGACCUGAACGAGGUGGACAGCACCUCAUAUAUCAGCCAGGGUUUCAAUCAUCACAUGAAUUUUGAGUUGGGUAAAGCUCGGAUCCGAUUUCAAAAAGAAUUGAAGGACAAACUGAUAAAAAACCGAGGCAAAUCUAUGGAAGCACCUUUUCAAAGCAAUGGUCUGGGGAAAGGUGUGAGUCAGGAUGUACUGAUGAUGGAGGAAACAGGAAAGAAAGAAGAUGAAAAUAAGAAGAAGAAAAAAAAGAAGGAAGACACAAAUUAUCCAAAUUCAUGGCUGGUCACCACCCUCUACAAGACAUUUAAAUGGCUCCUGAUUGAAUCUGCCUUCCUCAGAUUUCUGCAGGAUCUUCUGGCUUUUGCCAGUCCUCAACUCCUGAAGUUGAUGGUUUCCUUCACUCAGGACGAAUCCUGCUAUGCAUGGAAAGGGUAUUUGUAUGCCGUGCUGCUGCUGCUGGUGGCUCUUCUGCAAUCGCUGGUCUUGCAGCAGUAUUUGCGGCGAUGCUUUGUUCUGGGGAUGAAGGUUCGAGCUGCCCUCAUGGCUGCCGUGUACAAGAAGGCGUUGGUGAUGUCUAAUGACAACCGCAAAGAGUCAACAGUCGGAGAAACUGUGAAUCUCAUGUCAGCAGACGCCCAGCGCUUCAACGACGUGACCAACUUCAUCCACCUGCUGUGGUCCUGCCCCCUGCAGAUCCUGGUGUCCAUCGUUUUCUUGUGGAUGGAGUUGGGACCUUCAACAUUAGCAGGGGUUGCAGUAAUGCUGCUUAUGGUGCCGGUCAAUGGACUGUUAGCCAACCAGGCCAAAAAAAUUCAGAGAGAAAACAUGAAGUCUAAAGACAAGAGAUUAAAAAUAAUGAAUGAAAUACUGAAUGGAAUCAAGACUCUGAAACUGUUUGCGUGGGAGCCGUCCUUCCAGACUCAAGUUGAAAAUAUUAGAGGACAAGAACUGAAGGUGAUGAGGAAGUUUGCCUAUCUCACAUCUUUCUCCACUUUUAUCUCGAACUGUGCCCCCACUCUAGUUUCUUUGGCCACAUUUGCUGUGUUUGUUACGGUGAGCUCAGAAAACAUAUUAACUGCUGAGAAAGCCUUCACUUCAAUCUCUCUAUUCAACAUUCUACGACAGCCACUGAGCAUGCUUCCUAUGCUCAUAGCUGCCAUUGUGCAGACAGCGGUGUCUAAGAAGAGACUGGAAAAGUUUCUGGGAGGAGAUGACCUUGAAAGCGACAUUGUGCGUCAUGACCCUAGUUUUAACUCUGCUGUCAGCAUAUGUGAUGGUUCUUUCGCAUGGGAAAAAGACUCUGAACCUCUACUGAAAAGUGUGUCGCUUGACAUUAAGCCUGGCGGGCUGGUGGCUGUAGUAGGAACUGUGGGCUCAGGGAAGUCCUCUCUCUUAUCGGCGCUCCUGGGAGAAAUGCACAGGACCAAAGGCUUCAUUAACAUUCAAGGCUCUCUUGCAUUUGUACCACAGCAAGCCUGGAUCCAAAAUGCCACUCUGCGGGAUAACAUCUUGUUCGGCUCUCCCUUUGAAGAGCAGAGGUUCGAAGACGUACUGGAGGCCUGUGCUCUGGGCCCCGACCUCAAGCUGCUGUCUGCAGGAGAUCUCACUGAGAUUGGAGAAAAGGGCAUCAAUCUCUCAGGAGGUCAGAAACAGCGUGUCAGCUUGGCCAGAGCAGCUUACAGUCAUGCCGAUAUUUUUCUACUAGAUGACCCCCUGUCUGCUGUUGACUCACAUGUUGGAAAGCAUCUAUUUGAUAAAGUUAUUGGACCCAAUGGACUUCUGAAAGACAAGACUCGUAUCCUAGUGACUCAUGGAGUUAGUUUCCUGCCUUGUGUAGAUGAAGUUGUAGUUUUGGUGAAUGGACAGGUUUCUGAGGUGGGAUCCUACCAGAACCUCCGUGCCAGCAAAGGAGCUUUCUCAGAAUUUUUAGACGCAUACGGCACAGAGCAAAGUAAUCACACAAGUUCAGAAGAUGGACGUCACGAUCAAGAAGACUCUGACUCAGAGGGCAACAAGUCAGAUGAUUCUUUGACGGACGCUGUUUCGCUCAUGGUGAGGAGGGAAAACAGCCUCCGUCGGAGCCAGAGAGGAAACAGAAGCAGUUUCAGAUUAAGAAAAAACAGCAAUUUAAAAUCCCCUGAAAACACAAAGAAAGGUCAGAGGCUAAUUGAGAAAGAGACUGUGGAAACAGGACAGGUUAAAUUCUCAGUCUGGCUCCAGUACGUACAAGCCAUGGGCUGGGGAUAUGCCUUUUGGGCCCUCUUCAUUUAUGUCAUCCAGAAUAUUGCCUUUAUUGGUCAAAGCCUGUGGCUGAGUGACUGGACCAAUGAUGCAGUGGAGCAUUACAACCAGACAUACUCUCCCAUGAAGAGAGACACCAGAGUGGGGGUAUUUGGUGCUCUUGGAAUGACUCAGGGUCUGUUUGUCUUCCUUGGCACGCUGCUCCUGACCAAUGCUGCAGUCAACGCAUCUCGUGUUCUGCAUUCAAAACUACUUAACAAUGUCCUUCGAGUCCCCAUGGUUUUCUUUGACACUACACCACUUGGAAGAGUCCUCAACCGCUUCGCAAAGGACAUAUUCAUAAUAGAUGAAGUCAUUCCGCAAUUGUUCAGCUCCUGGAUCAUGCAUCUGCUGGGCAUUCUGGGAACUAUGGUUUUCCUCUGUCUUUCCACUCCUCUCUUCAUCAUUGUCAUCAUUCCUCUGGCUGCUAUCUACUUCUUUGUACAACGAUUCUACAUACCAUCUUCACGACAGCUGCGUCGCAUGGAGUCAGUCUCUCGCUCGCCUAUAUUUUCCCACUUUGGCGAGACCAUGUCAGGUCUGUCCGUGAUAAGAGCCUACAACCAUCAGGAACGGUUUAUGAAACACAAUGAAGUAACCAUCGAUGAAAACUUGAAGAUGAUCUAUUCAAGGAUCAUGUCAAACAGAUGGCUGGCCAUCCGCCUGCAGUUUCUUGGAAACCUUGUGGUGUUUUUUGCUGCUGUAUUUGCUGUCAUUUCCAGAAACUCCAUUGACAGCGGCCUCGUUGGCCUCUCAAUAUCAUAUGCACUAAAUGUAACUCUGACCCUCCACUUUGUGGUUAACAUAACCUCACAGCUGGAGACUAAUAUUGUAGCCGUAGAAAGAGUGAAUGAAUACUCUGAGCUUGAGAAUGAGGUUCCCUGGGUGACUCAGCAUCGGCCUUCAGAGAAGUGGCCUGAAGUAGGACGCCUGCAGUUUGUAGACUACAAGGUCCGCUACAGACCUGAACUGGACCUGGUCCUGAAAGGGAUUUCCUGUGACAUCAGUGGUACUGAGAAGAUUGGUAUAGUGGGUCGCACUGGAGCUGGAAAAUCAAGCCUGGCAAACUGCCUGUUUCGCAUAAUUGAAGCAGCCGAUGGACGUAUCCUUAUCGAUAAUGUGGAUAUUUCCACAAUUGGACUGCAUGAUCUAAGAAACAGACUCACAAUCAUCCCGCAGGAUCCAGUCUUGUUCUCUGGGUCACUGAGGAUGAACUUGGAUCCAUUUGACAAAUUUAGCGAUGAGGAGCUCUGGAGAGUGCUUGAGCUGUCUCAUCUAAAGGAUUAUGUAGCUGGGCUGAAGGAAGGAUUGCAGCAUGAGGUUGCAGAAGGGGGAGAAAACCUGAGUGUUGGUCAGAGGCAGCUGCUUUGUCUGGCUCGGGCUCUGCUGAGAAAGUCUCGAAUCCUGAUCCUGGAUGAGGCCACUGCGGCCGUUGACCUGGAGACAGACGACCUGAUUCAGACUACAAUCCGCAAAGAGUUCUCCCACUGCACGGUGCUCACCAUCGCCCACCGUCUGCACAGCAUCAUGGACAGCUCCAGGGUGAUGGUUCUUGAUGCUGGUAAAAUUGUGGAAUUUGAUUCUCCAAGCAAUCUGAUGGAAAAAAGAGGCCAUUUCUACUCCAUGGCAAAGGAUGCUGGGAUAACACAUGAGAGCGAAACAGCGCUCUAAAAAGAACUUUUAGAUAGAUUUUUUGAAAGAUUGCCUAAUUUUAUGGGUUUUUUUUCUUUCUUUCUGCUUUCCAAGGCCUUUUUUAUGUAUAUUAAUAGAACAAAAAUGUAACCAUAUGUGUAUAAGUUUUGAAUAAUGCCUUCCUGUUACUGUUUAUGUAAAUAUGCUUCUGAUACCAAAGGAGUCACAUUUUCAUCUUUUGAAACCUGAUCUUGUUGUUAGAUUUCUGGAUGAGCAUCAUCUCAACAGAAGAGAAUAAGAGAGCCUGACUUUGGCCCAACACAGCUGUUCUAUCACUUAUUUUAGAAUGUGCUUGACAGCAAAAAAACAAACAUUUAUUUUCUACUGUAAACAAAUUCAGGCAGUAAAGAGCAA